GGAGGAGCCGGGGCCGAUGGGUUCGGGGUCGCGCAGCCCGACCCGCCGGCGACGGUCCCGCUCUCCUCGGCGGGAGCGGGGCCGGGAGCGUUCCGGUAGCCGGGAGAAGGGGCGAUACCGGAGUAGGAGCAGGGGACGUCGGCGGGAAGCGAGUUCGGGCUCCGACUCUAGCGAUGACAGACAGAAAUGGAAGAAGAAGAAAAGCAAAAACAGGGACCAGCACCAUAAAAGCCAGAAGAAACGCCGCUCGCGGUCCCGGGAUCGCUCCUCUGGCUCGAGCUCGGAGCGAGAGAGGGACAAGAGGAGAGCCCGGAGCAGGGAGCGGCGGAGGAAGAGAGAUGGCUCCAAGUCUUCCGUGUCCUCUGUCAGCUCUCCCUCCCCGCCGCGCUCCCGGGGCAGGGAGGAGACGGGGCAACAGCUGAGCCUGCAGGAGCGCUUGAGGCUGAAGGAGGAGAAGAAGAAGCAGGCUGCGCUCAUGAAAGCCUUGGAGACGCCAGAGGAGAAGCGGGCUCGACGGCUGGCCAAGAAGGAGGCUAAGGAAAGGAAGAAGCGGGAGAAGAUGGGAUGGGGAGAGGAGUACAUGGGUUACACCAACACCGACAAUCCCUUUGGGGACAACAACCUGCUGGGCACCUUCAUCUGGAGCAAGGCCCUGGAAAAGAAAGGAAUCAGCCACCUGGAUGAGAAGGACCUGAAGGAGAGGAACAAGCGAAUCCAGGAGGACAAUCGCCUGGAGCUGCAGAAGGUGAAGCAGCUGCGCCUGGAGCGGGAGCGGGAGAAGGCGAUGCGUGAGCAGGAGCUGGAGAUGCUGCAGAGAGAGAAAGAGGCAGAGCACUUCAAAACCUGGGAGGAGCAGGAGGACAACUUCCACCUGCAGCAGGCCAAGCUGCGCUCUAAGAUCCGGAUUCGGGAUGGGAGGGCAAAGCCCAUUGACCUUCUGGCCAAGUACAUCAGUGCAGAGGAUGACGACCUGGCUGUGGAGAUGCAUGAGCCCUACACCUUUCUGAACGGCCUGACCGUCUCCGACAUGGAGGAUCUGGUGGAGGACAUCCAGGUUUACAUGGAGCUGGAACAAGGGAAGAAUGUGGACUUCUGGAGGGACAUGACCAUCAUCACGGAGGAUGAGAUAGCCAAGCUCCGCAAACUGGAGGCCUCUGGGAAAGGAGGACCGGGGGAGCGCCGCGAUGGCGUCAACGCCUCCGUCAGCUCGGACGUGCAGUCCGUGUUCAAGGGGAAGACGUACAACCAGCUGCAAGUGCUGUACCAGGGCAUCGAGAGCAAGAUCCGGGCAGGAGGACCCAACCUGGACAUCGGGUACUGGGAGAGCCUCCUGCAGCAGCUGAAGGCUUACAUGGCUCGGGCCAGGCUGCGGGAGCGGCACCAGGACGUGCUGCGCCAGAAGCUGUACAAGCUGAAGCAGGAGCAGGGUGUGGAGAGCGAACCCCUCUUCCCCAUCAUCAAACAGGAGCCAGCCUCCCCCAGCGACAGGUACGCAGCCCCUUCCCUGGGGGGCACAGACAUCUGGGCCUCUCCCUGGGGGCACCCAGGACAGAAAAUUCAUCCUUGUGCUCCUUCUGUGGGCAGAGCUGAGGGGAGCAGAGAAGGAGGGUACCAUCCCCGUCCCAGUUCUCUCUUCUCUCUUCCUUGCAGGCUGGAUGCGGAGGAGAGUGUUGUGGUCCAGCCGGGGCCCUCCUCGGAGCCGGAGGCUGAGCAGGACGCAGAGGCCAAAGGGGAGGCGGAGGGGGAGGCCGUGCUGAUGGAGGAGGAUCUGAUCCAGCAGAGCCUGGACGACUACGACGCGGGGAAGUACAGCCCCCGGCUGCUGGGCGCCAACGAGCUGCCCUUCGAUGCCCACGUGCUGGAGGCCGAGGAGGACGCGCACCGGCUGCUGCUGCUGCGGCAGCAGCUCCAGGUGACAGGUGAUGCCACCGAGAGCGCCGAUGACAUCUUCUUCCGUAAGGCCAAGGAGGGCAUGGGCGCGGACGAGGCGCAGUUCAGCGUGGAGAUGCCCCUCACGGGCAAGGCCUAUCUCUGGGCUGACAAGUACCGGCCCCGCAAGCCCCGCUUCUUCAACCGGGUGCACACGGGCUUCGAGUGGAACAAGUACAACCAGACCCACUACGACUUCGACAACCCCCCGCCAAAGAUCGUGCAGGGCUACAAGUUCAACAUCUUCUACCCCGACCUCAUCGACAAGCGCUCCACGCCCGAGUACUUCCUGGAGGCCUGUCAGGACAACAAGGACUUUGCCAUCCUGCGCUUCCACGCCGGCCCCCCCUACGAGGACAUUGCCUUCAAGAUCGUCAACCGGGAGUGGGAGUACUCCCACCGCCACGGCUUCCGCUGCCAGUUUGCCAACGGCAUCUUCCAGCUCUGGUUCCACUUCAAGCGUUACCGUUACCGCAGAUGAGGGGCUGCUCACCUCCCCCUCUGGACCUUUGGCACAGGGAGAUGGGCAGGGGGUGUCAUGGCCUGUCACGGGCACUGUCCCACGGGUGUCCCCAAGCCCUGGCCCAGCACAGGACCUGCUCCUGAGGGUUUUCCCUGUCCUUCCUUUUACCCUGAGGGACCCUGAGACUUUGAUACAAAUAAAUAGGGGUUGUAUAAGCUGA